AAAAUGGUAUCGUCCAAAGAUGGCAGCCUCCGUGUGGAAGCGAUGUGUGACUUCAGCUGUCAAAGUUAAAUGUUUAUCUCCGUCUGUGUUAGCCAGAAGAUGGUUGCUCUCAGCAGCUUACACAGACACCAAAGUGUGGGAGGCGAGAGAGAAAGAUCCUCACAACCUGGCUGUACUGGCCACCAAUAUGGACCUGACAUAUGAAAGGAAUUUCCCAGUUAGCUCACUGACUGUGUCACGGUUUGUUGACAACAUUUCAUCUCGAGAGGAAGUCGAUCAAGCGGAGUACUACCUUUACAAAUUUCGUCACAGUCCAAACUGCUGGUACCUGAGAGACUGGACCAUUCACAGUUGGUUCAGGCAGUGUCUAAAAUAUGGGGCCAGAGAGAAGGCCCUGCACACACUUAAAAACAAGGUCCAGUAUGGGAUAUUUCCUGAUGACUUCACCUUCAACCUGCUCAUAGAUUCUUACAUUAAGGAUGGAGACUUAAAAAGUGCGUGCUCUGUGGUCGAAGAGGUGAUGCUUCAGGAGGCCUUCAACCUUCCCUCCACACAAAUCCUGUCUCUGUACGCCCUGAGCAGUUACCUAGCAACCAGACCACAACUCACUGUGAGUGAAACAGCAGCAACAUGGGAGGUGUCAGAGGAGCGGGCGUUGGGAGCAUCACUGCUCAUCUGUGGACUGACACAAGACAACACUAUUGGCCUCAGCGCUCAGCUGCUUGGCAAUGCUCUGCUGGGCAAGAUGGAGAUGUUGAAGGGCAUACACACCGUUUUCAAAGGGAUGCCUCUCUUCUGGGGUCAUGGGUAUCUGGACCGAGCGCUGGCUGUCAUGGAGAGAGUGGCUGCUGCCUCUGGUGACGUCAAGCUGUCCAAAGAUACACUGGACCACAUGAAUGAGUUACUACAGGAGCUGUCUUCGACCUCAGACAGCGACUCCUCAGGAGAGGAGUCAGCAGGCGAAGAAGGCAAGAAAGAGGAAGCUGUAGAUGAAGAUGAUCAGGCCGAGCAGGCAAAGCUGCCUCAGUAUGUCAGCAGAUUCAAGGAACUCAGCAGUCAGCUGGAGUCUCAGGGUAAAGUCGACUCUGCCUCCUUCCAGGCUUUAGUAACAGCUCUGGCCCAGGAGAACUUGGCCACCGUGGAGAAACCCGACUUGGAGCAGUAUGAGAGGCGGGUGCAGGCCUGGGAGUCUGAGAAAAGGCAGCUGAUCCAGAGAGAGAAGGAGAUGAGGGAGAAGGCCGAGCAGGAGAAACUGGAGCGCUUAGCAGGCAAAGCUGCAGCCCAGCAGGCGUAGAGAUGAUGGAGAUGGAGGGAAUCAACAUCACUGAACUGUCCACUGAGUAUGCACAUUACUAUUAUGUAAGAGGAGAUUUAUGUCUGUUAAAUUGUGAAACAUUGUCAUCAUUACAUCUGCUUGUCACCAGUUGUAAAUAACCAUUGUUUUGUGCUAAUGCAAUAAGUAUUGCUCUGUUUUUAUAGAGUUAAAUAA